UCGAAGCCAUGCCGCGGCCGGGCUCCCCGACAGCACCACCGGGGCAGCGGCUCUCUUGAGCGCUUCUAUGGGGGAUCCUUCGUCUGCCGGGAGCAGCAGCGGGCCCCAGCAGCGCCCAGCCACCUGCGCAGCCGAGCCCUGAUGGAGCCGGAGGAAAAGAAGAUCUCGGUGUGGAUCUGCCAGGAGGAGAAGUUGAUCUCGGGGCUUUCCAAGCGCACCACUUGCUCGGAUGUGGUGCGGGUGCUUUUGGAGGACAGCAAGCAGCGGCGGCGGCGGCGGCAGCAGCAGGGGCCACAGCAGCCGGAGGAGGAGCAGCAGCAGCAGCAGCACGCCUCGCUGCAGGAGUGCGGCGGGGGGAUGCUGUCGGGCCCCCCGCAGUCCUACUGCAUAGUGGAGAAGUGGCGAGGCUUUGAGAGGAUCCUGCCCAACAAGACCAAGAUCCUGCGGCUCUGGGCAGCUUGGGGGGACGAGCAGGAGAACGUGCGCUUCGUGCUGGUGCGCAGCGAGGCGUCCUUGCCCAACACCGGGCCCCGAAGCGCCGAGGCCCGGGUGGUGCCCAGCAAGGAGAGCCCUUGCCACCAUGGCUUGGGGGCUGCAGCCCGGGCCAGCCUGGCUCUGAGUCAGGAGCGGCAGCGCCGCGUGGUGCGCAAAGCUUUCCGCAAGUUGGCCAAGAUCAACAAGCGGCGGGGGCAGCCGCACGAGGAGCCGCCGACCAAAGAGGCCUCGGCGGCCGAGAGGAUGGAGACCUUGGUGCACCUCGUCCUCUCGCAGGAUCACACCAUCCGCCAGCAGGUCAAACGCAUCCGCGAGCUGGACAGGGAGAUCGACCGCUACGAGGCCAGGAUCCACUUCGACCGCAUGCAACGCCACGGGGUGAACUACGUGCAGGAGACUUACUUGGUCGGGGGCGAACCGGAGCCCCCCGAGGAGGCGGAGCCGUCGCCUGGCGGGCAGGAGGAGGAAGGGGGCGGCGGGGACUUGGAGGAGUACGCCCGGAAGUGCGAGCAGGUGGGGCGGCUGCAGAAUCAGUGGCGCCGCCAGGAGGAGCUUAUCGAGCAGCUUGCCGGGGAGAUCCAGCAGGAGCUCAACGAGCGCUGGAUGAAACGGCGCCGGGAGGAGCUGGCGGCCGCCAAGGGUUCCAGCGGCAGCCUCUCCGAGACCGACUGCAACACCACCGAGCUGAUCGGCGGCGGCGGGGAGCUGCACGUGGAACAGGAACGCGUCAAGACGCAGCUGAGCACCAGUCUCUAUAUCGGCCUGCGCCUCAGCACCGACCUGGAGGCUGUCAAGACGGACCUGGAAGCCACGCAGCACGCCUGGGCCGACAAGGAGCGGGAGCUGCAGCACCUGCUCGACACCCUCCAGGCUCUGGACAUGGAGCAGGAGGAGGCCCCUCCGCUGCCCGAGAACGGCGGCCUCGCUGAGCCACCAGCACCCAUCAUCUCAGAGGACUGGGGCGAGCAGGCAGCCCGAGACUUGUGCAAAGACUGCGAGGAAAACGACGAGGACUCCGACACGGGCUUGAGUUCCAUGCACAGCCAGGACUCGGACUCGGUGCCCGUGUGUGAGUCCCUCGUAUAGCAGCCGGCGCCUCCGCCUUUCAUCCCAUCGUCUCAGGG